GGCUGAAAGUUAUCAUUCGACGUUUGAGUUCCCACACAUCAUUGGAAGUUGUUUUAUUUAGAACUUUGCGGAAUUUUGAAAAAAAAAUAUAUAUUUCAAUAUGAAGUUCUAUAUUUGUGUUGCUGCUAUCCUGUUCAGUGCUUUGUUGGCACCCAGCGAAGCCACCUUUGAUUUGAUUGCCAGUGUACCGACCGCAGGAGGAUAUGGAGGUGCAGGAUAUGGUGCAGGUUAUGGUGGUGGUUAUGGUGCAGGUUAUGGUGCAGGUUAUGGAGUGGGUUAUGGCGGUGGUUAUGCUGGUGGCUAUGGUGCUGGUUAUGGUGGCGGCUAUGGUGCUGGUAUUGGUCCAGCCUAUGGCGGUAAUGUUAAAGUUGUAAAGGUAACUGUAGUCCCCAGUGUUGCCGGUGGUGCAUAUGGUGCAGGAGGCUUUGGUGGUGCUGGAUCAUAUGGAGUUGGUUCAUAUGGCGGUGGUUAUGGUGCUGCAGUGGCUCCUGUAGCUGCCGUCACCACACCAGUUGUUACUGCCGUUACUACCCCCGUUGUGACCUCAACUGUUGGUGGUUCAUAUGGCAUUGGAUCUGGAUCAUUUGGCGCUGGAUCUUAUGGUUAUGGUAGCAAUAUUCUUCCUGCCUAUGGCUAUGGAGCUGGUUAUGGCAAUACUUUUGGUUCAGGCUAUGGAGCAGCUGCCGACUGCUUUUAAAUAACGAAUUCGACUUCGAAACGAAUUUUGUACUUAUUGAAUUGUUGUUAUUGUUAAUAUUUUGUCCGAAUAUUAAAGAAAGUCUAAUAAAACUCUAAAGUUUCAAAUAUA